AUGGAUAAGGGUGUUGCAGGUCAUGUGGCGUCUACAGGACAAAUUUUAAAUAUUACAGAUGCCUAUGGGGAUAAACGUUUCAACAGGGAUGUUGAUUUACAGACAGGCUACCAUACCAAAACUAUUUUGUGUAUGCCAAUUUACAUUCGGGGCAAUAUUAUUGGUGUUGUACAAAUGGUAAAUAAAUUAGAUGGUUUUUUCUCGCGGACUGAUGAAGAAGCCUUUGAAACGUUUGCGGUUUAUUGUGGUCUGGCGCUACAUCACGCUAAGCUGUAUGAGAAGAUUCGAAGAUCUGAACAGAAAUACCGUGUUGCUAUUGAAGUAUUAUCUUAUCAUAACCAAUGUACUGAGGAAGAAUUACGACAAUUAAGAGAAUUAAACUGUCCAGGAAAAUUAACCGAAGUUACAACUUAUGAAUACUCACCGUGGUCAAUUAAUGAUACAGAAAAACCUAUGUACGUUUUAGAUAUGUUUAAAGAUCUUUUUUCUUAUACGAGAUUUGAUAUUAAUGAUCUGAUGAGAUUUACUUUGACAGUAAGAAAAAAUUAUCGCCACGUACCAUAUCAUAACUGGGUUCAUGCCUUCUCUGUAGCCCACUCCAUGUUUACUGUAAUAAAAUGCAGCAAUCAUCAAUUUACUAGUAACGAGUGCCUGGCUUUAUUUGUUGCUUGUUUAUGUCAUGAUCUGGAUCAUCGAGGCAAAACUAACGCCUUCAUGGUUAAAAGUGCAUCACCUUUAGCGGCAAUUUAUUCUACCUCAACAAUGGAACAUCACCAUUUUAAUCAGACAGUAGCAAUAUUACAGCACGAAGGUCACAAUAUAUUUAAACACUUAAGUUCAGAAGAGUACAAGCAGCUGUUGGGUGACAUCAAGCAUUGUAUUCUUGCAACCGAUUUGGCAUUGUUCUUUGGAAAUAAAGCAAGAUUGAAGGAAAUUGCUGACAAAGACGAAUUUUCAUGGGCAAUACCAGAACACAGAAGACUUCUAAUGGCUAUUUCUAUGACUGGGUGUGAUCUCUGUGCCAUGCAUAAACCAUGGGAUAUACAACUGAAUUUAGUAUCAGUCAUAAUGGAAGAGUUUUGGCAGCAGGGUGAUGAAGAGAAGUCGCAGGGUUUAACUCCUAUACCAAUGAUGGACAGAGACAAACAAAGUGAAUUACCACAAUUAGAGGUAUUAUGA